UUUUUUUGAAAGAAAAAUAAUCUAAUUUUAAAAAGAAACAAGAUAUUACAGCUUACUUUACGCUUUUAUUGCCAGUUACAAGUUUAACUUGUGACUUGAUUGGAGCUGCGGGGUGAAGGAAACAGCAGCAGCUGGAAUUGCGCUGGGAAUAUUUUUAUGUUUCUGCCAAAUAAAAAUAUCAUUUCACCCACAUUUUACACACUGGACCUUUAAAUCUUGUGUCACAUGACUGCACAUACCAACUCAAAGUGAGACUUGCCGCAUAAUAAUGAGAUAAUAAUACCAGUGUUUCCAUGAGAUAAAGCUGCAGCGCUGUGUUCACUGAAAGCAGGGCCGCUUCCGCUGCUCUGAUGAACCCGGGCCAACGGCGACUAUGAGCCAAACCACGUGACUCUUUGCAAGUCAGAUGAGAGCAAACCGUGUCAUGAUGACACGGGCGAGUGUAGAUGGGAAAGACACUUGGGCCAUAUGGGCGACUGAGGUUUGGACUCCACAAGUUAGAAUUUUGUCCAGUUUUGGAAAAAGGAGGUCGUCCAAGAGAGACGAAGCUCAAGCUGCCAGCGCUGAGUCCAAAGGAAGAAAAAAAAAAAACCUGGACCAGGACUGUGGAGGUCAGAGCUUCUGUCCGCCAUGUUCUGUUCCGCUAAGCCGCCCGGAGCCGUGUCACCGGCCAAGAGGCAGAUCAAGGAGGUCAAGGAGACCAAGACCACGAUCAACUGUGUGACUUUCCCUCUUCCUGGAGAAGGUCCAGAGCAGCAGCUCCUCAAACCCAACGAAUGGAGCUACUGCGACUACUUCUGGACCGACAGGAAAGACCCUCAGGGAACCACCUCGGUGGCCGGGUUCGAGGUUCUCCUGCAGAAGCAGCUGAAGGGCAAACAGAUGCAGAAAGAAAUGGCCGAGUUUGUCCACGAGAGGAUAAAGAUUGAGGAAGAAUACGCCAAGAAUUUGUCCAAGCUGUCGCUAAGCACAUUAGCAGCGCAGGAGGAAGGGACUCUGGGAGAAGCCUGGACUCAGCUGAAGAAGAGUCUCCACGAUGAAGCCGAGGUUCACCUCAAGUUCUCCAACAAGCUUCACUCUGAGGUGGAAAAACCGCUGCUGACAUUCAGAGGAGACAACUUCAAGAAGGACCUGAAAAAGUACGACCAUCACAUCGCUGACCUCAGGAAGCAGCUGGCCAGUCGCUAUGCAAGCGUGGAGAAGGCCCGUAAAGCCCUGGCCGACCGGCAGAAGGACCUGGAGGUGAAGACGCAGCAGCUUGAGAUCAAACUCAGCAACAAGACAGAGGAGGACAUCAAGAAGGCCCGAAGGAAAUCCACGCAAGCAGGAGACGACCUGAUGCGCUGCGUCGACCUUUACAACCAAACUCAGUCCAAGUGGUUUGAAGAGAUGGUCACCACCAGUAUGGAGCUGGAGAAACUGGAGGUUGACCGUAUCGAGUGGAUUCAGCAGCAUUUACGCCAGUACACGACUCUGCGACAUGAAACAGACAUGUUCAACCAGAGCACGGUGGAACCGGUGGACCAGCUGCUGCAGACCGUGGAUCCAGGCAAAGACCGGGAGCUGUGGGUGAAGGAGAACAAGACCGGCGAGGUCCGACCUGUGGACAUGGACAUUUAAGGAACCCUGACCUGGGAUCAGUGGCUCUGACUUCAGUAUUACACCGCAGCGUCUCAGAACGCUCCACUAACACUGAUCCGGGGACUGUGCAUGUUCAGACACCAGAGAUCUCCGCCUCAUCUUCUCCCUCUGACUCUGAGGAAACGUUGAAAGGUAACACGCUCUGAGGCCAGGGAACGCUCAUGGAUCAAAGUACCAGCAUGUUCCUUCUACAUUUUAACCCUCUCAUAACCAACAUUAGCUCACUGAAUAUCAUUGAACAUAAUCUGCUGUUUACAUGUGACAAAAAAAAAUCUAUAUAUGUAUUUUGAAUCGUUUAGUUUAGCUUCAAACAACACUUUUCCACUUUGAGUAAACCAAACAAAAAAAAGCUCUGAUUCUUGAUAUUUCUCUUUAUUUUAGAUACAGAUAAUAAAACAUAUUGAGAUCUUAGAGUGAAUAUGAUAUAUUUUCAUAUUUUGCAGGUUCAUUUUGGUGGAGACGCAUGUUUUGAAUAUCUCGCUUUAACUGUGUUCGGAGAAACCGCGACGGUCGUUCUUGGUGUAGUCUUUGGAAUUUUACACAAGGUUUUUCUUGUAUCCUGAACGUAAGAUAAUGAUAAAUGAAAAAAUUCUGACUUAAUAUCCAGUAACCUCAACACGUACGUAUCUACGGUGAAGGUUUUUGUUUUUGUGGAUCAGUCGAGAGUGAAAAAAAAAAAAAAAAAAGGUGGUCCAAUGGCGCUUUUCCAUGAUACAAUUGUUCCAGGCUCGGCUCGGCUCGGCUCGGCUCGGCUCAGCUCAGCUCAUAACUACAGCACCUCCUCAACGUGGGUGGAGUCGUAAUAGAACUGCUGUGACGUUGGCAAAAUCGUCACAAAUGAGCGACGUUCAAAGCAGCUGUUUUCCUGUAUAACUGAAUCAUUAGAAUCAGUUCAAUAACCCUUGACUUUCACUUUCCAUAUCGGGCAAUUAUUCAACCGUUUAGGAAUCACGGUGCUGACGGGCCAAAUGCGCUUGAUGCGGCGCCCGAUGUGACGCGCGGCAUAUGUGCGAAAGUAUACCGCAGACUUAACUUAGCAUGUUUUCAGGAUUUUUAAGUCUUUUUAACUGAUUUACAGUUGAACAUUGUUGGCUUUGCUUCUUGUGUCGGACGUCGCGCUCAUGACUCUUCCAGUGACGACACUCUCUGACCAAUCAGUCAGCUCAGCUCGCUUGGAACCGCGUCAGAGCAGGUACUAAAAAAAGCACCAGGCUCUAUCAGUGAUGGAGAAGCUGGAAAAAGUCGAGCCGAACCGAGUCGUGCUGGAACUGUAUCGUAAAAAACACGCCACAAGUUACUCUGAAACACCUUUUAGUGCCUAACGGUUAAAUACCUGGAAUGUCCUUGAUAUCUUCAGCAUCAGUGUACAUUUGUACAUACGUACAGGCUAGAUGUAUUUUGCUGUCAAAUGUUUAAAAAGGCCCUUGGACGUUAGGACCGCUGAGGUGUUUGUACUGUACUGUAAAAUGUUGUUUGUUUUUUUGGUAAAUGUACAGAGAAUUUCUUUACGUUAAGGAGGCGGCGACGACAGGCAACAGAAAGCAACAAUUCACCAAACUUGAGAGAAUUUGGUCUUUUUUUAAAUAUAUUUUUCUUCUUUUUUUUGGACAAUGAUCAAUCAAGUGGAGCAAAAGCCAGCUGACUCAUGCCACAUGCACAAACGCAGAUACAGCCCUGUUUUUAUCAAAGACUGCAUGUAGAAUAUGUGUCCGUGUUAACGAGUACGUGUGUGUUUGUCCGUCUUUGUCUUUGCAUUUCUGGAUUUAUUUCAAUCUCGACUUCUCUACGGAAAACAAAGCUCAUCAUUCGUUUCUUUAUUUUCCUUUCAAUGAUACAAAGUCACUGUUGUGUAUGUUCUGGGUUUCAUUAUCUGUCGUGGAGGUUUGAUCAGUGUUUGUCGAUGUCGUGCACUAAGUGUAACAAUGUUCUCAUGUUUUCUAAGUUAACGUUCUUGAGAAGAAUCUGCAACUUCACGUUGGUUUCACUGCUGUUUUCAUGAGAAAAAAAAUACAAUGAUGUUUAAAGAUUGUUUGAUCAUAGGUGACUUCUGUCCAUGACGUUGUACUGUGGAAAGCAGUGUCCGAAAUAAAUCUGCUCUUUGAAAAUGAAA